AUGAAUAUCCACAAUUAUGACGAGUACAAUGAUUUUAAAAAUGAUAAAGACUAACUCGUUCAUCUUAAUUAGACAUUUUUCAUGCUGAAUGUGUCACUACUUAACGACGCUAAGUUUUAUGAUACACCUCAUGAAAUACUACCAAGGACUGAUUUAGUUAUACAAAAGUAGGAUUCUUAAAAGCUCAUCUACGUAUUUCUUGACAGAAAUCUCACUCUCUACAGAUAUAAUAUGAUUUAGUAAUCAGAUAAAAAUAUGGAAAAAGAUAUAGAAGUAUAACUCAAUAAAUCAAUAGUGAAUGAUACUUGCUUCGAUCUUUAGGUUAGAGAUAAUAUGAAAUAAAGCUUAGUAAUGUUUUAUGGAAUAUUUGAUUAAAUAAAAAUAAGAUAUUUGUCUUUUCUAGCAACAACAGUAAACAUAAACUUCGAUAGUGAUUUAGGUGUUAAAUUCAUGGGCAAUUAAUUCUUACAAACAAUUGAUAAAGGAAUAUUUCUAGAUGAAAUGUUUGUCUAAUAGAAGUCCAAUCAUCUCACGUUCAAUCAAAGCAAUGUAUUUCAAAAAGAAUAUUAGAUAGAUUUAGGUCCAACUCUAACUUUUAAUAAAAUGAUAGAUUACCUACCCAUUGAAAAUUAUAAGUUGAUGAUUGCUAUCCUGCUAGAUAAUCGGUUGAUUGUUUGCAAGCAUCCUGAUAUAUUUUAUACUAUAUCUACUGAUCCUUAAUUUUCAACUCCACCUUAGGUAAUUGAGUAUGAUCUUUCUGAUCCUGAUAAUAUCAUUAUAAAAAAGAUUUACACAGCUCCAGAUGAAUUUAGCAAUCAUAUAGGGCUUAAUAUUAUUACAGUAAAUAACAAUUAUUUGGUUCAUGUAAUGGAGGAAAUUACUACAAGAAAGUAAUACUUGAGAAUCUAUUCUAGAACAUCAAAUAGGCUUGACAUUGCUAAAGCUGAUUAUAUAUUUGAUACUCAAUUUAUGAGCAAUACAAUAGCAUUCGAUAGUGCUGUUUUUAAUCAUUUAAUAAUCAGGAACGAGUAGAAAAUAAAGCUUAUUGCUAUUGAUGAUUACACACUUACAAUAGAUGCAACAAAUGAAACACUUAUCAGAAAAUACAAGAAUAAUCUGAUUACAUGCAUGAUGUCGGUAUAUAAUUAAGUCUAUAGAUACGACUAGGACUUUAACAUAACAUUUGUGGAUUAAAACUACACAUCUGUUCUGUCUAAAGACUUGGGAAGUCCAGAUUACAUAACUAAUAUAUCACUAUUUUACAACUGUGGAGAUUAAUCAUUUAAAUAUUUCAUCAGUGAUAAUUUUUUGGGACCUAACUUUGAGCUUGAAAUACAAUCUCCCUCAGAUGAUUGUGAUGAUGGGAAUUGCCAUUUUAAGACUAAGAACUAGGAGUUUAAACUUGAAUUUGAAUCUUCUUUUGAUAUAUCUAAAUGUACUUUCUUUCAACUUUACACUCCUUAUUAGGGAGGUUAGGAAGAUAAUGAUGGAUAUAUCCUUGUUUGUCUUAACAUAGAGUAAAAUACUAUAAAAUCUUACACCUAAAACAAGUUAAACAAUUCUUUUGAUUUAAAUAAUGCUAUCCAACUUGGCGAACACUAAGAUUAUGUUUUCCAUUCAUUUAACACAUAGUAAAGAGGUUUAUUUUAUAUUGUUAGAAAUAAUCAUCAAUGGAGAGAUAAUCGUUUUGAAAUGCAUCUAUUUAUUGUCAAAGAAGCCAUUGUUUGGAGACUAAAAUUAGAUUCAAAUGACAAUUCUUUUGAGCAGUAAUUUGAGUAAACAUCAAUGAUGACCUAUAAUUAAGAAUUCGAUAGAGGAGUAAUGGCUCCAUUAGAUUUAAAUAUUCCCAAGUAAAUAUUGGUACUAUUCGAAGUUAGUUUUUAGCCUGCUUACCUAAGGGAAAUAUCUUCCUUUGAGCUUGAUACAAUAUUUAAUUUACUAUCAACUUAAGUAAUUCAAGGAUUUGCCAGUAAUAAUGCCAUUAUAACUCAGCAAUCUGAUAGCACUGUAGGAGUAUUUGAGACUUAAUCUCAGCAGUUUCAUUAUAAGAUAUAAUGGAUGAAGACAUAUAAACUUCUAGGAGAAGAUAGAAAUAUUCUCAAUGAUAUAGACUUUAAAUAGGGACAGUACUUAAUCUUAUAUGCUGGAGAGAAUACUAUCUAGGUCUAUCUUUUAACUACUGAUCUAAGAUUAGUUUAUCAAAAGCAGAUGCCUUUAUUCAAAGACUACUCAGAUUUCAAAUUCUCUUUUAACAGACUUUAGCCGAGUCCACUAAAAAAAUCCUUCUAUGAAGGUAUGCUUUCAAUAGUACUUGAGAAAGAUAUGGAGGGUAUUAACCAGAUUUCUAAAAGAUAAGUCUUUAUUUUCUGUAUAUAUUGCGAGGCACAGCAUGAUGCAUUCAUGCUAGUAGAUGACUUAGGCGGUUUCUUUGAUGAUAAUAAUUUAACAAAAAUAUAACUUUUCAAAAAGGGACCAGAAGCAGAUUUUAUGUUUCUUGCUAGUAAGAAGGACAAGGUAAAGAUUUUCGAGGUGGAAGUAUUUAACUACAUUCAAGCAAGGACAGGCUAAGAAAAAUACGAAGCUUUGGUAGCAAAAUGUUCCUAAUAAAAUAAUUUGGAGACAGACGAGAAUUGA